UGUCGUUGAUAUGCAUACUUGUUUCCUAUGAAGAAUAGCACAGACUAGAACAGAAUCUGUCUAACUCUGAUGCAUAAAAAAGAUAGAAAAUUCAAACCUUCAUAUAGUUUCCUAUACCUAAAAAUUAUUUUUAUUAUGUACAUUUAUAAAUACAUAUAAAUGCUUCACUCUUGAUACCACUAUGAUGCAAAGCUGACUUUUAGUAAACGUCUAUCUUUAAAUACACUUUUAACUAUGAAAAAAUAUACGCGAUAACACAGAAAUUGGAAUCUAUGACCUGUCAUACUGAUCGCUUUUGAUCUUUAACAAUUGAGCAAAAGGAUGACCAGCUCCUCAUCGACGUACUGUCAAAAUAGAAACAUCUCCCAUUUCCUGAUAUCGUUCAUUCACAUUGCUUUUUUCAAGGGUGUUUUGGAUAGACAUAAUGAAUGCUAGUCGAAGCUUCUUAUGGUUUGUAAUCCGCAAAACAGGAAUAUACACUGCAUCUCAUCUGCUUGUCUCUUCUACCUUUGCAUACUUACAACUGUUCCAUCAGUAAAACCACUCAAAGAAGGAAAACGUUUUGAAAAUAAACCAAAGACAGUGUGAAAAAUAUUUUUCACGUGUUGUUUUCAACAGAAGACAUCAGAUAUUAGAAGCGAGAAGUUUUAAAAUACUGAUUUUGGAUACAUAUGUAUGCAUAUAUAACAUUGUAGAUAGGACAAAAAUGCUCGGUUGAAAAACAUACGAAAACUGAGAAUGCAUAUGAAUACAUAAAUCAAUUCAUUUUCUAGGCAAGUACAAAAAUGAUAUCAUUCGUUCAGAUCUAUUAAAAAUUAUGUAUUAUGCUGCAGCCAGCAGGCGAAUUUCAUUCACAGUUGAAAUGUCUCAUGAAUGCUUUUUUGUAUACUUCAUUAUAAUAAUAAUAUACUUCAGGAUUUUAACGCAAUUUGAACAGAAAAAGCAACAGAAACUAAGGAGUUCAGAAAUAAUUGGUCCCCUUAAAAAGAAAGUGAAGCCUAAAUAACUUUUGUUAUAGAUUUAUAAGAAAACUAGGGUCGUAUAAUAUUGAGAAAUGUACAAACAUUUGCGUGUUGUUCAUGUGAAUUUAAUCUAUUCAACAAAUUCUUAACUAUUCUGCAUACACACAUGAAUCCAGAUACUGUACUGCGUAUCGGCAAAGUUUUUGAAACUCCAUAUGGAGGUGAAGGUGUUGACUUUGUGGAUCAGUUAAAUUAUCAGUUCACUGGUGGAUUGUUGAUUAUAUUUAUUGCGGUAAUCGGAGUUAGACAAUAUGUUGGUAAACCAAUACAAUGUUGGGUGCCCCAAGAGUUCACACACUCAUGGGAAGAAUAUGCUGAAAAUCUCUGUUGGGUCCAAAAUACAUAUUUUCUUCAUCCAAGUGACCAAGUCCCUGAAGAUGAUUAUGAAUUAACUAAAGUCAGAUACAUUGGAUAUUAUCAAUGGAUAGCAAUAGUGUUAGCUGGUCAGGCAAUGUUGUGUUGGGUGCCGCAUAUACUAUGGCGAGUUGGAUCUAAGCGACUACCUAUACUACUGAAAUCGGCCAAAGAAGCAUCAGUACCAGAUAGAGAACUUAGACAAAAAGCAAUCUCUUGUUUAGUCGCUACUCUAGAAGAACAAGCUGAGUCAACAGCUAGACACAGACGCGCAACAAGCACAAUAAAAAGGAUAUUUUGUAGCCUUCGACCAAAUGCGCGUAUAACAUUUCUGUUUUUUAUAGUUCGUACUUGUUUUAUCGGUAAUUCUGUUGGACAAAUUUACCUCAUGAAAAAGUUUAUUGGGACCAAUAGUACUAUGUUUGGCAUGGACGUAUUGAAUGAUUUGAUCAGCGGACAAGAAUGGGAAACUUCAGGUAAAUUUCCACGUGUGACAUUUUGCACGGUACGGGUCAGAAAAAUGGGACAAAUAAAACCUGCAAGUUACACUCUUCAAUGCGUGUUGCCGAUUAAUUAUUUUGUGGAGAAGGUCUAUGUCUUUCUUUGGUUUUGGUUUGUAAUUCUCUCUGUUAUCACUGUAUUAAGCACACUGCAAUGGGCUUUCAAUACACUUGUACCAGUCAGACGAAUAGCUUAUAUAAAACAGUAUAUACGAGCCAUUCGACAACUCUCCAACACAGAGGAAAGAGACUGUACACGAUUUGUAAAUUAUAACCUUGGACCAGAUGGUGUCCUGAUACUUCAAGUUGUCUCCAGAGUUUCUAGUGACCUAAUCGCUCUAGACGUGACUGCCACUCUAUGGAGUAAUUAUAGACAUGCUAAAAUUACAGGGACAGAGGAAGAUAUAAACCGAUUUUUGGAAAAUGUAAAUCGUGGGGCAAGUGCAGUGUAGUCUUAAUCAGGUCGGGAAAUAUUUGAUGACAAAAUACAUAUUCCUAUUUUACCCCACUUCACUCAAAUAACUUCAUUCUUAUCUUUCCUCUAUCAUAAACAUUCAAAUUACCCGAUGUUUGAAAAAUAUUCUCAUGCACAAGGAGAUACACAAUUCCAGUCAACCACGAACGGUUUGCUGAGAAGUAUUUUCGAUGCAAUAUAACGAAACAUACAAUAUACACCUAGAAGUAUUCAUUUAACAAGCCUUAAUUUUCAAAACAAUUACCAUAUAUAUAUAUAUAUAUAUAUAUAUACCUAGGUCAUGUUUACAUUAUGACUAAUACUAGUACCGAUAUUACCAAUCUUGUUGCAACUAGUGCAGUCACUGAAAAUUUUAUGAACAAGAAUUUACCAUUUACAUCCUUCGAAAAUGAAUUUCUCUCCUCUUUAUUAUUUAAAACAAAAGAUAGAUUAUGAAAUUGUUUGAAUUUUUAUUAAAUAGUGUGAACAAAAUAACAUCAUGUUCUGUCAUUCUUUUUUUUUCCUUACUUCUUCCUUUUGGUUAACCAAAGUAAAAAUAACUUUUUCUUUCAAUAGUGA